AUGACAAAACAUAACAACGCCACUUAUGAAAAGAUGACUGAAGAAGAACGGAAGCAACAAUCAGGAGCUCUACGUAAGCAAAUAUCAGGUCAGCAAAAUAUUGUUAAAAAGCAGAACAGAUCUCAAAAGCUUGCUUCACGUGCCAGCUAUGUUGUAGCAUACAAUAUUGCUAAAAGUAACAAAACAUUUUCUGAUUGCGAAUUUGUAAAAACUUGUUUACUUCAAGUAAGUGAUAUUUUGUGUCCUGAACAAACAAGAGAUUUUGAAGCAGUAAGUUUGUCCCGAAAAACAAAUACGUCUAGAAUUGAAGCUAUUAACAAGCAGUUUGUAACACAACUAGGAUCAAAGAUAAGCACGUUUAAAUUCUGUUCUUUUGCGUUGGAUGAAAGCACCAACAUAACUGACACAGCUCAGUUACUGAUAUUUAUAAGAGGUAUAGAUGACAACUUUGGUGUUACUGAAGAAUUAGCCUCCAUGCGUUCAUUAAAGGGAACGACAAAAGGAUCAGACAUUUUUGAAGAAUUUCAAGAAACUAUCACAUCUUUGAAAGUACCUCUGACCACUAUUUGUAACAUUACUGCUGACGGAGCACCAAAUAUGACUGGGGCAAAAUCUGGUUUUGUAGGCAAAUUUAAUGAAUCAUUUCCUGGGAACGAAGUGGUGUUUCUUCAUUGUAUCAUUCAUCAAGAAACUCUGUGA